UUAUGAAAACUCAUUUCCCUGUUCUUCAACAGACAAGAAGCAAGCGAGAAAAGUGGCGGCAGCAUUGUCUCACCUUCUCCCAGCUCACCUCACCUCGUCCCAAAUUCCCUCCGAGGGCCGCCGUUAUGUCUCGUACUCCUCCUCACUCAACACCUCCCGCCAACGGCUUCAUCGCUCUUGCGCGCAAGCUCUACAACCCCAUCGGAUUCAAAAAGGGGUACAACUUUGUCCUGUUCGUCAUUACGGCGGGAGGCAUGAUGGGCUUCGCCCUCGCCCGGAUGAUGUAUUUCAACAUUGACGGCGUCUUCUGCAACCCGGACCAUAAGCAGCGGACGCUUCCGGGAGAAUGCUACUUCUACCAGUCUGGGACGGGGCGGGCCGGCAUCAUCAUGCAUCUCACCGGGAUGCUUCCGGGUGGUUUCCUCGCCUGCCUGCAGUUCGUGCCCGUCAUCCGCCACAAGGCCAUACUGUUCCAUCGCCUCAACGGAUAUCUCGUACUCCUCCUCAGCAUUGUGGGAAUCAUCGGUGUCUUUAUGAUCGCCCGCCGAACUUUUGGAGGCGGCGUGAGCAUGCAGACGGUGAUGGGCACCGGGAGCAUCAUGUUCCUCUGCGCGCUGGGGCUUUCCGUCUACAACAUCAAGAAGCUUCAGAUCGAGCAGCACCGUGCCUGGAUGCUGAGAGCUUGGGUAUACGCCGGUUUCAUCAUCACCAUGCGCAUCAUCAGUUUCCUGGCCGUCAUGAUCACAGCCGACUCGGGCUACUACCAGGUAAAGCAGUGCGCCGUGCUGGACUUCAUCUUCAAACACAACCAGACGCGGGUCCUCGAUCUCUACUCAGACUGCGGGGGCUACUACUCGGGCGAGAAUCCCGGUCUUAACGUCAUCGUACACAGCAACUACCACGCCCACCAGCCCGCUGAGAUCGCCGCCGGUUUCACCUCGGUCUUCGACGCGGGGUCUUGGCUGGCUCUGGCAAUCCAUGCCAUUCUUGUUGAACUCUAUCUCCAUUUGACCCCUGCGGAGGCCGAGCGUCUCCGCCGCAUAUCGUAUCAACGCCAGCUAGAGGCCGGAAUGGAGAACGCCGGCAACGCGGGCCUGACCGUCCAGAGACUGGGAGACGCGGAACCUUGGCUGCCGCCGGUGGAGCUGCAGCGGGCGGAACAUAGCAGAACACCGAGCCUCGACGAAAAUAUGAGAGAGAAGAGGGUGAGCGCGGCAUGAGAAGUAGCGAGCCUCGCAAGCUGUACCGUUCUAACAUGAAAAAUUGAGGCCAACGGGCGAGCGUAUCGGCGUUGAAAGACGACGAAUGAAUGUAUGACAGGUAUGGAUUGGCACACGGCAGAGGCGUUGAGGUGAUUUUCUGGGCAUUUGUUACGCUUCACCCUCCACUCACGUGGCCGAAUCAUUCAUCCGAACAUUUAUGGAGGAUGGAUUUCAUUCAUUCAUAGUUAUCCUAGACUAACAUACAUGUAUCUCAUUAAACAAACAAGCACC